AUGGCCGCCGCCUCACCCACCACACCCUCGGCAUCGGGCAGCAGCAGCGCAGCAGCAGCACCAGCAGCAGCAGCAGCAGCAGCAGCAGCCCCCGCCUCCGGCAGCGGCAGCGGCAGCGGCAGCGCCGGCAGUCCGGCCUUGCCUCUGGCCACUGCCUCUGCCGCUGCGGCUGCGGCUGCGGCGCAAGUCGCACACGCCCUCGACACGUAUCGCCGCAAGGACACUAGCAAGGCAGUGGUGGUGCGCUUCAAGGCGAUUGGCAAUGCGCCCAUCAUGAAGAACAACUACUUUCGCAUCACGGCCUUCAAUCGCUUCCAUGCCGUCGUCGUCUUUCUGCGCAAGGAGCUGGGCUGGAAGAGCGGCGAUGCGUUGUUUCUCUACAUCAACUCCUCGUUUGCUCCUGCGCCCGAUGAUACCGUGGGCAAUCUGUACCGCUGCUUCGGAACAGAAGGGCAUCUCAUCGUCAACUAUUCCACGCAAGCUGCAUGGGGCUGA